AAAUUCUUUGAAUGCAACCGAAUGACCCAGCGGGGAAUAGUUCACGGGAAACCGCCCUGGUCACUUAAAAGAGCUAUGCAGUGCGAAAGCUCAGAAAUGACUUGAACUUUUUAUUUCGCAGUAUAUCCCAUACAUGUUGGCUGUUCACUAACAGAUGAAAAAUAACAACAACCGAAGGUAUAGGGACCCCUUGGACUCUCACUCAUGGUCAAGUUGCGUAAGACCUGGAAAGGCAGAGUUGAAUAUUUACUGGUUAAACUGUAAUGUGAAGUGAGGUAGACCUGAAGCAUUCACUCGUUCUGCAAACUAGACGACAGCUCACUAUGUCUGGAAAGGAGUUUGAAUCUCUGGACCAUAUACUGCAGACGCAUUUAUCGGAAGCAGAGCUCAAAGAUGUUAAAAGACUGCUCUUCGGUAAAGACCUCAAGAAGCUAGAACUUCCCCAGAGUGCAGUAGAUGCAGCGGUGGAUAAAGAGUUUGAUCUAAAGGGUUAUGCAUUUGAGGCUGCGCCAGAGCAGCUCAGACCACCCAGGACUGUCCGUGUGGGACUCAUUCAAAACAAGAUAGUCUUACCCACUGAUGCUCCUGUGCUUGAUCAGAUCACAGCUCUGCACAAGCGUAUAGGAGACAUGGUAGAGGUAGCAGCUAUGUGUGGUGUCAAUAUAGUGUGCUUCCAAGAAUGCUGGACAAUGCCAUUUGCUUUAUGUACAAGAGAAAAGGAGCCAUGGACAGAGUUCGCUGAAUCAGCCGAGGACGGUCUUACUACACGCUUUUGUAUACAGCUGGCCAAAAAAUACAACAUGGUGGUGGUGUCUCCCAUUUUGGAGCGAGAUGAGGUCCAUGGUGGAACGGUGUGGAACACUGCAGUGGUAGUGUCCAAUAAUGGCAAUGUUCUGGGCAAAACACGGAAGAACCACAUUCCACGUGUGGGAGAUUUCAAUGAGUCUACAUAUUAUAUGGAAGGCAACACAGGCCACUCUGUAUUCCAGACACAGUUCGGGAGGAUUGCUAUUAACAUCUGCUUUGGUCGGCACCAUCCUUUGAAUUGGUUAAUGUAUAGCGUGCAUGGGGCAGAGAUCAUCUUUAACCCUUCAGCCACGGUUGGAGCGCUCAGUGAACCAAUGUGGCCGAUCGAGGCUCGAAACGCUGCCAUCGCCAACCACUGCUUCACCUGUGCCAUCAACCGUGUGGGCACGGAGCAUUUCAAGAAUGAGUUUACAUCUGGAGAUGGAAAAAAGGCGCACCAUGAUUUUGGUCACUUUUAUGGCUCCAGCUAUGUAGCUGCACCGGACGGCAGCAGAACCCCAGGGCUAUCCAGAACCCGUGAUGGACUGCUGGUUACCGAGCUCGACUUAAACCUUAAUCGGCAAGUUGCCGACAAAUGGAACUUCAAGAUGACUGGGAGGUAUGAAAUGUAUGCAGAGGAGCUCGCCAAAGCUGUCCGACAUGACUUCAAACCCAACAUUAUAAAAGAGUGAGAAGAUAUCAGCAUCUGAAGCACAGAGAGGAGCCAAGACCUGCAGGUCCCACAUUUCUGAAGCCAAAAAUUGUUCACAAAAUAGCUGUGCAAGUCAACAACAGACGUAGACAUUUGGAUUAAAAAUCAAAUCCAACUUUUAUUCAUUUCUAAAACGCAACUAUAUAAUUCUUCAAAAAUAAAUUUGCCAUAUUAACAUUGCUUAUGUUCUUUAAAAAAAUGCACAAGCCGACACCUGAUCUUAAAAAUAAAAGGAAAAAACAACAUUUUGACCUGAAUGAUCAAAGAUGAAAUAAUAAUUAUGGCUGGCAGGAACACCAUAGUGCAAGCAUUUCAUUAAGCCGCCAUUACAAACCAUCAAGCCAUUUGAACCACUGUUUACAGGACAGGCAUUCACCUUACUGUGGUAUUUCAAAUGGAGCACAACUUUAUUCUGCAAAACACCUGACAGUUAACCUUUAAGACUAAGCCAAACAUAGUGUUCCUAGUUUUCCUUUUCUUGAAGGCAAUCAUUUACAAUGUGGCAACUAUGAUUUACCUCAACACAAUAAAUUCAUGAGCAAAUCAGUACAGAAUAUUUCUUACUUCUAAAGAGACUCGUCUUGCUAAAAUACUGGUGUUGUGAGCGAGUUCACGUACUUUAUUAACCUGUACAUUCGUUUUACUAAUUUACAUGAAGUUAUGAUAGACGUCCUGCUGAUA